GGAGAAAAAAAACAUGGCGGACAAGCUGAUCUGUUCGUAAUGUUCGAUACUCUCGUUCAAGAUUUUCGUACAAAAAACACUCUACGCGUGUUUCUCGCAAAACUACGCUGUGAUCGCAGUUACUCUGGUUCAUGAACCUUAAGGUUUGGGCCAUUGAGUUACUAUCUGUCCCCAGCUUCCACGCAUAUUGGCAAGAAUUCUGACUGGACCUAGCAACUGACCAACUAUAACAAUGGGUCAGGCUCUAAGUAAAACCCACCAAGAUGAUGAGACAAGUAGUGCAUUUAAUGACUCUGUGGUUAGUGCGACUCACUCAGACAUCAGCUUUGAUUCUUUGAACAAGCAAGGCAAAUUAAAAAGUAAAGGAAAUAAAAUACAGUUCAAGCCGAAAUCUUCUUUAUCAGGGAGCUAUGAGGUGAUCGACACGCCUGAAAAAGCGUCUUCAUUCGGGAAUUUAGGGAAUAUGUCCAUGAGUUCUAGUAGAAUGUCUAGUUUAAAUAAUAGUAUGACCAGCUGUGAUGAGUUUGAAAUCCUGAACUAUGAGGGGUCUCCAAAACAUUACCGCACUUGGAGGAGACAGAAGAAUGCAGCUGCACAAAAAAAUAAAGAGGUAGGUUCUAAAAAAGAUGUAUGUAAUACGCCAGUGAAACCAAGCGAUGUUAGUUCAGGGAUGGACAGCUUUGUUUUGGUGGAUACACCAAAAGUGGCAGAGGAAUUACAGAAAUACGACACUGGUCAGAAAAUAAAAGAUGUUGCUACUGUUGAACAGGGAAAUGGAAUUACUGUUUCUCAUGGUAAAUCUGGGAAAAGUGUGGUAACAAAUAGUAGACAUGGGGUUGGAAUAGACAAUGGUGUAUCUGCAGAUAAAUCUAUGAAAGCAAGGGGAGUGGCAUCAACAGAAAAGACAAAAUCAAAUGUGUCAAGUGUAAAAGUAGAGACAACACAAUCUGUGAAGUUUAGUACUGUUCGAGAGACAGACCUAGAUGUUGUAAUUCACAACUCCCCUAAGCCCAUUACCACUCAGUCAUUGUGCAGCUCUCCUGCCAGUUCUCAGCAACCCACUCCCAUUGAUAAAUAUGGAAAGUCAAGUCGGCGUGCGAACUCACUUGAUAACAGAACAAGGAACACUCCAUCACAGAUUAUGGACUUGUCAGGUCAAAUCAACGUCAGGGACCAAAAACUAGCUGAAAAAUUAAACAGGAGUGUGCCAAAUGUUGUUGCAUCGAGCUCGUCUUUUCAAAAACGGACUGAUUCCUAUGUGACGCCAGAUGAAAUGAAGCAAAAAAGAAAAACUGCUUCACUCUAUGGAACACUGCCAAGAAAGAAAGCAAUAACAGGUGGUGUGAAGGCAACUGAUCUUGACGCCAUUGAACAAUUGAACCUCUCUCCUGGGGCGUAUACCAGUAAAAAGAGUACAGAUGAUCAGUUUAAUUUUCCUCGAUCGAUGCGUCAUUUUUUUCUCAGUCCAGUUUCAUCUCAUACUAGCAUAUCAUGGGACACUAAGGAUCAACCCCAAUCAAGUUUAACUCCAAAUUAUAAAGGGAAUAAAUCGUUAGUAACAAGUUCAUCCAUUCAGUCCCAGUCUGUUGCAGUAUCAAGUUCACAUGUGCAGACCCAGCCUGUUGCAGUCACAAGUACACCCGUGCAGAACCAGUCUGUUGCAGUAAAAAUUUCACCAAUGCAGACCCAGCCAGUUGCAGUAACACGUUCACCCAUGCAGACCCAGUCUCUUGCAGCAACAAGUUCAGAAGUUCAGAGCCAGCCUGUUGCAGUAACACGUUCACCCAUGCAGACCCAGUCUCUUGCAGUAACAAGUUUAGAAGUUCAGAGCCAGCCUGUUGCAGUAACAAAUUCACACGUGCAGAGCCAGCCUGUUGCAGUAACAAGUUCACACGUGCAGAGCCAGUCUUUUGCACAGUCUAAAGUGAUGAAUGUUUCAAGUAAUCCAGUGUUAAAAAUGAAUAAAGAUACACGCAUGUAUGGAAGAGACGGUGCAGACUCUACUGAGAAUUGCAAUGCAGCCAGAGGUGGACUGCCAGUCAGGUAUCUACAAACAUUAGUGACAAAAAACGAAUCUCACAUUAUGUGA